AGAGCUGGGAGGUGGUGGAGGCCGGAGGGAGCCCGCGCUCAGGGCGGCGGCUGGAGGCAGCGAAUCGAGUUCCCGCGAGGAUCAAUGACCUGACGAAGCGCCGGAGCCGCACUGCCUCUCGGGUGGCCUGGGUCAGUGGUGAACACGGUGCUCGCUGAUCUCGGGCGGGCCGGAGAGCCUCACUCUUCUGUGGCUGGGUGAGGAGAAGGCGGAGGAGCGGGAACCGCGGCGGCGCUCGUGCGGCGCCUGCGGGGGGAAGGGCAGUUCCGGGCCGGGCCGCGCCUCAGCAGGGCGGCGGCUCUCCCGGCGCAGACUCAGGGCCCCGGCAGCGGCGGCGACUGGAGGAAACAGGGUGUUCACUCGGGGAUGCCCGAGUGAGCAGCGGGCCUGGGCCUCUGCCCCUAGGCGGCAACUCCCAGCGAAGGCUGCACGGGCGCCCUCGCGGCAGGGAGGCUUCGUUUCAGUUUAGCGGCGGCAGCGGCAUUGUUGGCUGAGGGGACCCGGGACACCUGAAUGCCCCCGGCCCCGGCUCCUCCGACGCGAUGGGGAAGGUGCUAUCGAAAAUCUUCGGGAACAAGGAAAUGCGGAUCCUCAUGCUGGGGCUGGACGCGGCUGGCAAGACCACAAUCCUGUACAAGUUGAAGCUGGGCCAGUCGGUGACCACCAUCCCCACCGUGGGUUUCAACGUGGAGACGGUGACUUACAAAAACGUCAAGUUCAACGUAUGGGAUGUGGGCGGCCAGGAUAAGAUACGGCCGCUCUGGCGGCAUUACUACACCGGGACCCAAGGUCUAAUCUUCGUAGUGGACUGUGCCGACCGCGACCGCAUCGAUGAGGCCCGCCAGGAGCUGCACCGCAUUAUCAAUGACCGGGAGAUGAGGGACGCCAUAAUCCUCAUCUUCGCCAACAAGCAGGACCUGCCUGAUGCCAUGAAACCCCACGAGAUCCAGGAGAAACUGGGCCUGACCCGGAUUCGGGACAGGAACUGGUAUGUGCAGCCCUCCUGUGCCACCUCAGGGGAUGGACUCUAUGAGGGGCUCACAUGGUUAACCUCUAACUACAAAUCCUAAUGAGCAUUCUCCACCCAUCCCCCGGAAGGAGAGAAAUCAAAAACCCAUUCAUAGGAUUAUCGCCGCCAUCACCUCUUUCAAUUGCCACUUUCUCUUCUUUUGAAUUUGAACUCUGGAGUUACUGUUCUACGGUUUGGGAGGGCUUGGGGGUUUUCUUUUCUUUUUUUUUUUCUUUUGCUUUGCGUUAGGAUGCUCUAAUUUGACAUGAAUACAAAGUGCUAGAUGCUCUUGUUGACUUCCCACAAAUGGGAUGGGGGAAAUAUAGCAAAUCUUGGUAAAGUCCUUUAUAAUAAUGGUUUGAUUUUUCAUUUCGAGAGAAUCUUUUUUUUCCCCAAUGUAUGCUUUUUAUUUUUCUUUUUUGCCCAGUUUCCUUAUCACUUGCUGUAGAUGGCUUAUUUUGCAUUCAUGCAGACUAUGUUGCAAGUCUGUUUCAUCUAGUAAACUGAAAAUUAUUGCUUAAUCAAACUGCCGUUUGUCUUUUAUAUUUAAGGUCUUUUCCCAUCCCUUAUAAGUUCUAAUUUUAAUUUAGUAAUUUCAAAUGUGACUUUUUAUAUCUAAGACCAGUAUAGUAAACCUAGCCCUCAGUGGCAAAUAUGAGUAAUAUCAUUGUAAGAAUGUUCCAGUUGCACAUCAGUAUGUUUAAACAGGUAAUGUAAGAAGUGCUUUGAAACGUCAGCUAUUAAGUUCUGAAACAUACAUCAUGCAUGAGUAGG